ACUUGUACAUUGGUCAGCUGAUACCUUACAUCAUGAAAUACUAUAGACAAUUAUCUAGUUGUGAAAGGAGAGACUUCCUGAUAAUUUGAAGUAUGAAAGGAGUGAUAGAGUAUUUUGACUUGCCCUUAAGAUACCAUAAUAUCUGUUUACGGUGGAUCUGAUCAAGAAUGAAACAAAAAUUGAUACAAAAACCUUGAUUUAUUGAUUACAAUGGGGGGAAGCACUUCCACUUUAGAGCAGAGUUCAUCGGAACCAACCCUUGUGCGUGUGCCUCGAUAUACCUUGGAGGAGAAGAGGAAAAAACAAUCAAAGUUUAACACCCUUAAAAAAAAGCUCUCAAGGAGUAAAAGUGGUUUCAAGAGCCAUGAUCAUGGAAAAAUGCUACGAGAGUUGACACAAACAUGGACAGUUCAGGAGAUCAAUGCUUUAGUUGAAGAAUAUGAAGCAAUGAUGAAUGUAAAAGAGUUAAAGAAUCAGACCAAUCUUGUAAGGCAAUCUGCGCCAAGUUUGAAGAAAGACCUUUUACGGCUUCUGGAAGAAGGGAUUUGUGCUGACACAACACUUAUAUUUGAGAACACUCAAUUCCAUGUCCACAAGGCUAUUCUUACGUGUAGAUGUCCUUAUUUCAAGGAUCUUUUAUCACAGCAUACUGAGCAGCAUCCUGUUAUUCAAAUGGAGUUUAAAACGGAAGGAAUGACUACAGAAAUUUUUUCGGCUCUGCUAUGUUACUUGUACACAGGAGAUUUUAUGACAAAAAAAUCAGGCUUAGAAUACAUUGAUGUUCUAAUAAAUUUGGGUGAAGAGUUUGGCACACCCAAUGUUUUGGAACAGGAUUUAAACUUGCUUUUCAAAUGUGGUGAAUAUGCUGAUGUCGCCUUUGUCUUUCCUGCUCAAGACUCUUCUGACACAUACGUGGCUGCAGAUGGCAAUGCAAUUUCUGAUCAGACAUAUGAGAUUUUGUGCCAUAAAGCUGUUCUUUGUGCAAGAUCACACUACUUUAGAUCACUUUUGCUCAAAUCUGACUUGGGUUCUAAUGAUUAUCUAAAGACAGGUUCUGGAGUUAAAAGACUUGUUUUAGAUGAAUCAGUGAUAACUAGGCAGUACACUCGCAUAGCUUUACAAUGCAUGUACACCGACUCUGUGGAUCUGUCGUCUGUAGUUAAGUGGAGCUCUGAGGACAGGAAAUAUUGUUCACCCAGAACUCAUAAACUUUUGACAUCAGCAGAAAUUGCCAUGGAAGUAUUUGAAGUGGCAAGCUUUAUCGACUUACCAGUACUGAUCCAAGGUAAAUAAAUUUAUUUAUUCAUUAUAAAGCCAAGAUCACACAGAUGACUUAACAGCACAACAGGAUAUUGUUAUGUCUGUUUUGUUGUGUUACUUAAAUAGGAUUUCACUGCUAACAUAAUGAUGUGAUGAUCUUCCUUAUUUUUACUUGGUUAUGCCCUUAUGUCACUUGUAUGACCUAUGCUUAUAUUGUAUUGCGUUACUAUUACAUAAAUAUAUAUUGGGUGUUUAAAAUUACAUAAGGUUAAAAUAGUGUCAGUUUUGUUUAAUUUUAGUUUCCUUUGUUCUUUAAAAGACCUUACUAAUGUACCUGGAAUGAAGGAUAUAGCAAAUCAUUCUAGUUUGAAAUCAUUUGACCUGAGAAAAAUUGCUUUGAAAUACAAGAUAUACAAGUUCACACCAUGAACCUGACAACAUUGUGAUGUUCUUAUGUUGAUAUGCUGAAAAAGAUUUGUAUUUCACUUGCCUUCAGCUUGUUAGUUACAGUCUUUUUUGUGUUCUUCCAACAACUCAUGGGGCUUAUUACGCACUUAUGAAGACCAACUUAAGGAUGAGAACCAUAAAUCAUUCUUUUUUACUAGCUUAUCAAUUUAUUUAAAAUACCUCGGUUUUUUUCCAUGUUUCUUUUAUCAGGCUGCGAAGACAUCAUCUUGGAGGAAUUAUCUCCGUCCACUCUUCUGCCAACGCUGGAAUGGAGUUCCCUCCCUCAUGGAUCUGACUGGGUCUACAGGCAAGCCAUGCACUUCCUACAGGAAGAAUUUGUCAACAUCGCUCAGUCUGACAUGUUUACUCUGAUGCCAAGGAAGUAUUUGAUAGAGGCACUGAAAUCUGAUUUCUUGCAGGUAUGUGUAUGUAAUCUUUUGCCAGUGAAUUCUGGUCUUAGCCCUUUUACACCUCAGCAACUGUGUAAUACAAACACUUCAUACUGCUCUCCACAUAUUUUCUUUGGUACCGACUAAGAGAAUGUUUUUGACAAUCCACAGCUUCUUUAGGUGCUACUGUUUUUUUCAUUCUCACCACCUAAAAGUUCAAUUUAGCAGUGAAACUGUGAGGAGAAAUUGAACAUUUCCUACUGUUAGGAGUUAAAGGGUUUAUAAUAUGCAAAAAAAAAUUGCAUGCAUCUGACUGACUGAAAAUGUGCAUUUUCAUGUAACAUGAGUGCAAAGCUGUAACACAUACUGUGAAAAGUCAGGCUAGGUUAGUUUCUCCUGAACCUUUUUUUGGGCUACAGGGAGCUGUUGAAUUUUAAUUUAAAAAAUCUGUUAAUAGUAUUUUAUUGUAAUAAAUUAUUUAUAUAACUUGUUCAUAGGUCACAUUACUUACCAUAGUCAAUGUAAUAAGUGUCCUAUUUCAUUCUUUCUUAGUUGUUACACAGUAUUGAUCAAUUUUUCCUCCUUUAGGCAUGUGAACACAAUGUUCUAUUGUCUGUCAUUAAAUGGGGUGAGGCACAGGUCAUUCGUCAAAUGAAUGAACAAGGUACUGACACGAAUAUUAUUUCUGAAAUAAAAACUGUCAUUAAAUUAUGUUCUCCUUUUCUCAAAUCAAUAAUCAAUCCAUGAAUCAAGGUCUAUCAUUCAACUGUAAUGUAAUGGAUGGAGGUCAGUGAUAACAUGUCCUUACUAAGGCUCAUCAUGGAGCAUUCAAUAUGAAUUUUUUAAGGUGCUUUUUUUCUUCACUGUUGUUUUUUUGUGGAGAAUAAGAGAAGAGCUAAAAACUAGUGAAAAAUCUCUACUGGAAGGUAAAGAGGUAGCAACUCAACACUGGUUGAAUUAUGAACAUGAAGUAAAUAAGUUAGUAACAAAGGAAAUAACUAUAUUUCAACUCGGGUUGAUGGGGCUGAUUAGGCCCCCAAGCAGUACAUACUAAUAUCCAGAGAAAAGUAUAAGAAAAUGAUGAGGAGAAAAAAAUAGUUCAGGAUAUUAAAAAUGAUCAGUUAACUUCUUUAACCCUUAAACUCCCAGAUCAAAUUUGUAAUUCUCCUUACUGUCAACCAUACAAUCCUUAUAAUGUUAGUUCAGAGAAUUUAGUAUUGGAUCAACUACUCAUCCCCAAAUUGAUAUUUUUCUUUAUUCUCAUAACUUACUUGGUUGAUAUUGUAUUGAUAUUGUAAGGAGAAAUUCUGUCUUGGUCACUCAUGGGAGUUAAAGGGUUAAUUAAGUAAAUAAUCCUUACUCUUAAAAUUAUUACAGUGGAAAAAUCUUAGAAGACUGUACAAUACAAAUGCACAUUACAAACACUCUCAAUAUAAUUGCUAUUGUACUGUCGAUUGUACUUUGCACUGGUAUUCAGAUUAUUCUCUUUUAUUUUCUUUCUCAGAAUAUCAAAAAAAUAUAAUGGCGACCAUUUUAAAAAGAAGUGUAUUAGUACUGAUAAUUAACACCUCGCGUUGGGGUAUAAUUGGAAGUAAUAAUACGAUUCUAGGUCCAUCAGAACUGUGCAGCUCCUUAUUCACUUAAGCAUAUUCAUAAUUAUAUUUAAGGAAAUGAACGUUAUAAAGUCUGUCAAUAGAUCUCAUCGCUUGCAGAAAACUAGCAGUAUGCAGUCGAAACGUCACGAUCUGCAUCCGAAGUGACCAUAUCGUGAGACAAACAAUUAUCCUUCUCUUCUGGAAGUGUUAUUUACCGUGAUGACAAACCCCAACCUAUUUUGCGUCGCAAAUCUUUUACAUUAGUUUCAGAAGUAUUCUUUUCUGUUCUUUAAGAUCCAGUCCAGGACAACAAAAAGAAUGCUAAGCGACGUGACAUCGAUAACAAACAGUUGAAGAGGGUUCUAGCAGGUGUUAUCGAACAUGUGCGAAUUGGUCACGUGCUUCCCCCGCACAGCGAGCUCCUGGACGGGGUGUUCCGCAGGGGUCUUGUUGACCGGGGCAUGCCCCUGGAUAUAGGUGAAGGAAAUUUUUAUCCCAAUCUGCCUUGGAUGAGAAGAAGAGAAGAGAAGGACUUUGUCAGACCAAGGCUCUUCUUGCCUUACUUUGAAGAAGCAAAGGUAAAAAUUCUCUGAAGAUAAUUUGUUGUAAUCAGGUGCGUUGAUAAUGUGGAUUGGCCACUCAAAGAGUUUCUAAAGCUGACGUAUCGAUCGAGCGUUAGCCCUUCGUUAGAGGGAAGUGCUUUUAUUUUAUACAGUACCAAAAUUUCGUUUGAAACUUAUCCCCUUCAUUCAUUUGCAAUAUAUCUUACUUUUAGUACAUCCACUGUUGGUCUAAGGUGAUCAGAAAUCGAAAAAUAAGAAUGUUGGCAUUUUAAUUGACAUCUUGUUUUGGCAAAAGCGUUAAAAAUUUGAAUUUGGGAUGGCAUUGACUUGGAAAAGAUAAUCUCUUGUCAGAGCUGUCAGUAAAAGCUGUUAGCUGGCAAACAGCGCCGGCCAGUCUUCCAUCCUGAGCCAGUUACUGAGAUUACUUUAACCUCAUUUUACCAUUAGUGCUGGUGGAAAAUAGUACAUUUAUUAAAAUACCACAGAUACCAGCAACCAUUUCCCAGUUAUGAUUUGAACUGAAUGCAUUAUUUACUGGUGACAGGUAUAGAUGAAGGAAUAGAUUCUUCGUUCAGACUUUACUUGGAAUUGGGUCAGGCGAACUUUUUGAAACGCUAAGGACAUUAAAUGAAAAGCCCCCAUUCUUGCGUAUAAUCUAACUAAACAACAUGGUGUCCAAGAUAACUAAGCCGCCUUUUUUUCUUAUUUGCCAUCUGCUUUCAAACUUAUUAACAAUCCUGACUAGUCAGCUAAAAAGAUCGUCCAGGCCGGUGCUGCACUUUUGGAAAUUUCCAGCUAAGGUGGUUGUCGCACAAAGACCUCAUUGCGCUCGAAUUAAAUUUUGCCCUCCUUCCGUUUUGUACGCCGGCUAGAAAUUUCAGCUAAGGUGGUUGUUGCCCAAAGAUCCCAUUGCGCUCGAAUUAAUUAACUUUCCCUUCCUUCCGUUUUGUACGCCGGCUAGAAAUUUCAGCCAAGGUGGUUGUUGCCCAAAGAUCCCAUUGCACUCGAGUUAAUUAACUUUCCCCUUCCUCCGUUUUGUAAGCCAGCGAGAAAUUUUCAGCCAUGGUGGUUGUGGCACAAAGAUCUCAUUGCGCUCAAAUUAAUUGACUUUCACCCUCCUUCCGUUUUGUAAGCCGGCUAAACAUUCUAAGACAUUCUCACUGUUGCAGGCCAUCCUUGAGGAACACAAAGAAGUGGAAAAAGAACUGAUCAGAAAUCGUAUGUCACGUGUACCACACAACAUGCCUGACACAUUGUAUAUGGUGGAAUCGCACAAACGAACCUACACUGCGCCAGCGAUCUUCUUCGCCUCUUCGGCAGCGGGUAGAUUGGAACGAGACGAACGACGUCCAACAGUGGGUUUGGGCUCUAAUAGGGAUGGAAACGAGUUGGAGAGAUACAUGAGAUGUGGAGGAAUGAACGAAGGGUCUCCCGGUAUGUUGGCUAUUUCUGCCAUCCUUUGUACCAAUCAAAUUUCAUUCAAAGCUUGGUUUAAGCUCUUACCCACUUACUCGUCCUAUUUCUCGGUAUUCUGACCUUUAAGCUGAAAUCGUGAUGACAACAAAGGUUUUGUCUCCGGCUGAUAGGUCAGGUCUAGAAGUCCAUAACUUCUUUGAAUAGAUGGGGAGUAAACAUACUGAAAUUUUUGCACUUCUUUCGAACAACCGAGCCAAAUAUUUCUUGCGAAUUUUUGGAAAUAUUUCGUAGUUUUCACAUCCCAGAAUUAUAUUCCAGGAGAAAGGGGAAGCUUGUGUUUUUUUUUGUCUACGUUAUUGUGUAUCCUUUUGUUUAUCUCACUUGGUAUCGUUUUUCUUUUCCAUUUUAGAUGAAAGAGAACCUGCCAUUAGUGGCACGCCAGUUACAGGGAGAGAGUUUGCUCUCCCGGAUAUAGCCAUGGAGGCGCCUUCAUGUAUUCCGGAUGAUUACCUGCACAGAGGAGCGGGCCCUUCUGCUGAGGUGAACAAACAAAUCACAUCAGGACGUGACAAUAAUGAGCUUGAAUUGAUUGGUUAUCCAUAAAGUAUUCUCUUUUUUUCAAACACAUCUUGUCAUUCUCUUCACAGAUAUACCCAGUACCAGAUGUUGCCCUACCUUCCUCUCCUACGUCCAGUGUGUCUUCGUCCUCUGGUGGAGUUCCCCCGGAAUAUUUCCAUAUGGACCAUUUGUUGGAAUCUUUAGAUGAUGACGGAACAAGUGAAAGUAGCUGACACUAUGUGGUUAAAACUCAAAUUGCCGUCAUUUUUAACCAGCAACCAAAUUAAUAUCGUCUCUUACUUUCCAACAAGUAUUCCCAAUCCUUGUCAAGAUAAAUUUAACCAAAGGUGUUAUCUUGUGACACUCGAGUGAAUCCUGCUGGACUCCGAUUGUUCGUCGAGCUCGGUUCUUAAACUUUGAAAGCCCUUGAAAACAGAAUAAUAUCCUUUAUUCAACAAUAUUGAACGAAGAUUGCGGAUAUUGUAUGUAGCGACAAUCGGGAAAAAAAAAACCGUGAUUCCAUACACCUACUGAUUGACGAGAUUUGACUCGAUUGUCUUGCCCAACAACUGACGCAAAUUUAGGGGAAGUGAUAACCUUUUGGUUUUAAAAUUAAUAAUUUCAUUUCCAGGUCUAAAAAUUUGCAUGCCAUAGACACUGACUGGAAUGGAUUUUUGUAAGAAGAACAAAACAGAAAUAUUUCGAUGUAAGAUUAAAAAAGUGAGUCUUUAGAGAGGCCGCGGAAGUCGUAGAAUCCUGAGCGAUAGAGACAGCACGAUCCAUUUUCAGUGAUUCAUAUGUACCUUCUUAUCAAGCAAACAGGUAACAAGCAAACUUAUCAGGUAGAAGUUGUUAUCCUGAUAUGACACCAAAUCCUCGUAACUUAUUUACUUGGAAAUUUGUACCAGCUAGUGAGGAGAAUUAACUAUCAGAUCUUGGGAAUCAAAAUGCUAAGGCUCUGCAGUCCCACAGAAACUUUAAUUUCCAUUUAAUAAGUCAGGCAGUAGUUAGCUUGCCCAUGAAACCAGGCCACUUUGAGAAGUCUCAUUCGCGAGCUGGCGGGACAAGACAUCAAUGUGUCUGAGAAUGUACUUGAUCUUUUUAACUUAAAAACAAAGUCAUUAUCAUGUCAAUAUUUCAGUUUCUUAUGAAAACUUGGGUCAAUGUUAGUAUCUGAGCAACUGUCCACCUACCCCUCCCCUAACCCAGCAUCAACCCUAAUUUGUUAGCAAUUGACUGUCAUUGGGUUAGGGGAGGGGUUGGUGCGUAGUUGCUCAGAUACUGACAUUGAUUCAAAGUUUGACAAUAAGGUAAAGAGAGUAAACACAGGUUGAAUUGGUAAAUUGAAUGUGGUCGGGGCUUCUUCGCUUAGCUAAUUACACUUCACUUAUUUUUAUAGUUUUGUAUUGUUAUUUUUCAUAUUUGUCGUUGAUUACUUUCUGAAGACAUUUUAAUAUUGCUACUAAAUCCUACAAUAUCUUAAAAAUUUAGAGGGUAUGCAUGGAUUUAAAAAAAAUUGAACGUCAUGGAAAUUAAUAAAAAAUGCAUAUCGAAG